AUGGCUACAUCUCUUGUUCGAGUGUCAGCGCGAGUGCAUAAAGAACUACAAGAUACAAUUGCACAGUUAGAAGCUAUUCUUCAUGAGAUUCGAACUAUAUCUUUUAUAAAUCCUAGCCCUUUGACUCAAAGGUUCGUAGACAAUGUGGAAACUGCACUUCCUAACAAUGUUGAAAUCACGCCUAAUAAUUCAGGUAAAGAGACAACAUUAGGAAUCCCAAAAGCCAAGGAUCAUGGUUCUCCAACAUUAGACCCAUCUGACAUCCACAACCAAGCUACUGCUUAUGCAAAACUAGCUGAAUCCACAUCACUCAGUACUUCAUCCACAAAUAACGAGAUUCUAAGUGAGUUGACUGAUGAGUCAGGCCUUACGAUCCUCCCUGUGUCAGCUGAAAGUGCUGGAUUGUUACCACAUCGGAAAGUUCAUGUCGCUGGAUCAAACAUAGUUUUGGAAGCAAUGUUAGAGGCAGAGGUGGCACACAAUGCAAAAGACUUCUUUUCACGGCCUGAAAACCUUAUGAAACCUGAAUAA